UUCGAGGUUCACGUUGAACAUUUUCAUUCUUAAUAUUUAAAUGCUUAAGGUAAUAUCUCAAUAAUUUCACACCCUUUUUUCAGGGAACAUUUUUAAGUUCUGUAGACUGAAUUUGCGAGCACCAAGACGUCAUGAAGGUGGUUGUUUUAUUACUGGUUGGAGUCGCGGGCUGUCAGGCGGCCGCUGGUUUCUUCGACGGUUUCGGAGGUGGUAAGGACAAAGGCAAAGGAGAGUCGCCUAAACACGUCUACUACGUUGUCCACAACCCAAUUUACGUACAACAGAAACCAAAGGCUUACGGCCACGGUGGCGGUGGAUACGGCCACGGCGGUGGUGGAUACGGAGGACACGGUGGCGGGGGCUACGGUCACGGCGGUGGUGGGUACGGAGGUGGACAUUUCAUCACUUACGAAACAGCCGGUGGCUACGGACACCACGAUACCGGUUACCAUCGAAGUGACAAUCUGGACGAAUACGAACAAACUCAUGAAGUGCCGCAUGUGCCGAAGGAGCGAACCUCAGGAUACGGUGACGAUGUCGUAAAAAAGGCAGCGGAGUACGAGUACAUCGGCGGCCACAGCGGUGCUUUCCACGUCAUGGAUUAUGGCGGCGACAAGGGCAAAAAUGGCAGGAAAUAAAUGUUUUUUCACUGAUAUUAUCAUAAUUUAUGUUAGGGUAUCAACAAACGUUGCUAAGUUUGUAACUACUUUAUUGACAGAAUUAGGGAUGACUUCAGAUCGAUCAACACUGUUUUUUAUCGGAUUUAUGCUGCUAAGACCUCCGUCUUUAUAGUAUGGCUCAUUAACAUAAUAUGGUUGUAAGUCGAUAUGGAAAAUUAUGUAAUUAGGUCUGAACUUCAGGAAGUUAUCUAUUAAACGAAUUUAUGAAUAACUUAAUUACCAGAUUUUAAACUUUAGAUAUAACAAUAUUUUUCCGUUCAGUACAAUUCUAACAUAAAUGAAAAACACUUUUUUAACCCCUUAACGUAUUAUUAUGCAAUAUACUUCAUCAAAUAAUUAUGAUUUCCUGUGAAUUAAACUCCUCUGCAGUGUUCUUCGUUACCUUUGCUCUCGAUUAUUUACUCAGCUUUUAAGAGCAACUAAUUCAUUUCAUAAUGCAAAAAUAUCAACCAAUUUCAACUCUAACAAACAAGCAACCUAUUCCGCAUGAAUUUAAUGACAAGUUGUUUGUAGUUGGAAUGUUCGGUUAGUGAACAUAUUAUGCUGCGUCAUCGAAUUCAGAAGCAUUUAUAAGCGAAACUCUGAAUCGGCUUUUCAUUUAAAAAAAUGUAUUUUAAAUAUCUUCAUGAAUA